GACCUCAUUGUGUUGGUAAUAUUAUGAUUGUCCAACUGAGGAAAAUAACAAUAUCUCAAGAAGUUCAACAAGACGUAACCUGCUAUGAAAGAAAUAAUAAAAACAGUUAUAAUUAAAUUGAGUGUGUUAAAAAAAACUUGUAUCAGAAAGUAAUAUUCUUUUGGGAUGUCGCCAGUUUUCUUGUGGCGUUAAAUUGAUGUGUAAAUUUUUCAGUUCUCUAGUAACACCAAUUAAAAGGAAACAGUAAAUUAUGAGGAGAACACGGAAAAAGUGUUACAGGAACUCGAUCCUUGAUGAAAAUAAGGAAAAUUAUGAUCCUAAUGAGAAUGCUACAAGGGAACGAGGAGGGGUUGGAUGUGAUCCAGUUCAACAGAACGAAGAAAUAGCAUCUAGAACAAGAUAUUACCUUAGGUCACCAAAAUUGAAGAAUUUGUUAGGAAGGAACAAUAUCCAGGUCUCCGAAAACGUGAAAGAACCCGAUGGAAUGAAAAAUAUUAUAACGGAGGUUUCGUCGACUCAAAAUAAAAGCGAUUCAAUCAAACCCCCUUUCGUUUGUACCAUUUGCCACGAGGUAAUUUUCAAGAGAUGCUAUGCUGAAGCCCACCUUCUCAGGCACAAUUUCAGUUCGUGUGCCUGCUCUGCUUGCGAGUCACAAAUGGAAAUUUUCAAGACACUCACUUAAAAUAGAGAUUCUAUAUAUUCAGAUAAAAGGUCAAUCUGAGGAUCAUUCUGUGAAGGGUUUCUUGGUAUGAUCUAUUCAUUUUAUAUACUUUACAUUUUAAUUGUUGUAUGUGAUGUGUCUUAGUUAUUUUUUAUUUUAUUUGUUAACUGAAAUAUAUUGCUUUAAAAGAU